UCUUUCUCUCCUUCUCUGUGCUUAAUACGGCUUAUACAUCAUUACAUUCUUCCCCACCUCUUCCCCGCAAUCCCAACUGUGCCGUUCGCCGUCAACCGGUAUACUCCAGAGCCGAUCUGGUUACGCAAGUGCUCGCUUGCUAUUUUGGCCGACUGUGUCUCUGUAUAUAUCUCUCUCCUCUCUUCGUCUCGACCUGCUCCAAGACUAUUCUUCUCCUCCUAUUCUCUUCCCUUUUUUUCUGCAGAGUCGGUGUUGCUCCGUGCUCCACUCCACCCGCGUCAAUCCCGCCCCAUAUUCACCAUGCAGACAAAACACUUCUUCAACGACCCCGACUACUUGGUGCACACUGCACUGCGUUCGUUGACAAUCACAAACCCGUCCCUGGCCCUGGACUGGGAGAACAAGAUUGUCUUCCGCCGACCAGACCCCUCCUCGCCAUCCAAAGUGUCCAUCGUCUCCGGUGGUGGUUCCGGCCAUGAACCGGCCUUCCCAGGCCUGGUCGGUAAGGGCCUGUUGACUGCUGCUGCUGCCGGCACUGUCUUCGCAUCCCCGUCCGCCGAACAGGUGCGCAAGACCGCCAUCGAGCAUGUCGCCACCGAGAAGGGUGUCCUUGUCAUCACCAACAACUACACUGGAGAUGUGCUCAACUUUGGCAUGGCUACCGAAAAGCUGAGGGCGGCCGGUGUCAAGACCGAGUUCUUCGCCAUGAACGAUGAUGUCGGUGUCGGGAGACAGAAAAGCGGUAAAGUCGGCCGGCGAGGCAUUGGUGGUGCCGCCCUGAUCUUGAAGAUUGUCGGAGCAUUAGCUGAGGCAGGCGGCUCCUUGGAGGAUGUAUAUCGCAUUGCUCAGUUGACCAACGCAAAUCUCGUGUCGGUGGGCUCGUCCUUGUCGCACGUCCAUAUCCCCGGCCGGGAGGUCUCCAAGGAUGCGAUUCCCGCAAAUGAGGUCGAGGUCGGAAUGGGCAUUCAUAACGAACCGGGAUCGCACCGUGCAACGGCGAAUCUGCCUCAAUUAGUCCAGAUCAUGCUGCGCCAGCUGCUGGACCAAAAUGAUCCAGACCGUGCCUAUGUCAAAUGGCAGCCCGGCGAUGAAUUCGUCUUGUUGAUCAACAACCUGGGAGGCGUUAGCGUCCUGGAACUAUCGGGCAUCACUGAUGAGGUGUACCAGCAACUGGGGCGAGACUACAAGAUUAAGCCUGCGCGAAUUAUCCAGGGUACCUUCCUUAGCAGUCUCAACGGACUGGGGUUCAGUAUUUCUCUUUUGAAACUCGCAGAUACUGGACUCGGUCCGGGUAAGUCCUUGCUGGACCUUCUUGAUGCCCCUGCAGAAGCCGUCGGCUGGUCUGCUCCAAUUCAUCCCUCUACUUGGGAGCAUCGAUUCAAUGGUCCCGUCGAAACGAAGAAGACGAUAUCCGCAGAGGAACAACCGGGCAAUGUUAAGCUUGACCCAGCCAUCCUCAAGAAGAUCCUCAUCCCAGGUCUGAAACGAAUCAUCGCUGCAGAACCCCUAGUUACACGCUACGACACUAUCGUCGGGGACGGCGACUGCGGCGUAGGCCUGAAACGCGGAGCCGAAGCCAUCCUCGCCCUGCUGGAUAGCCCAUCGACAAAGCUAACUGAUGACGUCGUCAACGCUGUCAACCAGAUCGUUACCGUCGUCGAAAACACAAUGGAUGGCACAUCAGGUGCCGUCUACGCCAUCUUCCUGAACGCUCUCGCCCACGGCCUGCGCGCUCAGGAAUCCUCAUCCUCCUCAGUCCCAGUCCCGGCCACCGUCGACGUCUGGAGCAAAGCCCUCGGUUACUCCCUUACUGCUCUUGGAAAAUACACCCCAGCCAAACCCGGUGAUCGGACCAUGAUCGAUGCCCUGGCCCCCUUCUGCGCUACCUUGCAGAAGACCAAGGAUAUCCAUGCAGCUGCUAAGGCUGCCCAGGACGGCGCGGAGGCCUCCAAGAAUAUGUUGCCGAAAUUAGGCCGGACGGUGUACGUUGGCGGUCAAGAGGAAUGGAUUGGGAAGAUCCCUGAUCCGGGUGCGUUUGGGCUUAGUGAGUUUUUGGCUGGUUUGGCGGAUGCUGUGUGAUUUUUUUUUUUUUUUUUUUUUGGUUUUUAUAUUAUGGAUAUAUUAUGAUGAGGAAGUGUUGUUGUAAAAAAAACCCCUUGCUUAAUUUUUGGAUAUUGAUGUUUGACAUGAUGAUGACGGUUUAAUCAUACACCAUUGCAUGCUGCGGAUAUUGGCUGUAUGUAGAAGGCAUAAUACUCACGCAGUAGUCAAAAGAGAUAAAUAAUACAACGCAGUCAUUGAUUGCAGUCAUAUGGG